AUGUAUGAAGUUUUGGAAAAACUCAAUGCAGUUGUCGAUGAAAGUGACCCGGAUGUUGAUGUACCUAACAUCUACCAUGCUUUUCAAACAGCUGAAGGCAUUCGAAAAGUCUAUCCAGACCAAGAUUGGUUCCAUCUUGUUGGUCUAAUUCACGAUUGUGGGAAAAUCCUGGCCCUCUACAACGAACCACAAUGGGCUGUCGUAGGCGAUACAUUUCCUGUCGGGUGUGAAUUCAGUGAGAAAAUUGUAUAUCGUCAAUCGACAUUUGAAAAUAAUCCUGAUUUAAAUAACGAGAUUUACUCGACAAAAUUUGGCAUGUACACACCCCAUUGUGGUCUUGAUCGGUGUCUGAUGUCAUGGGGACAUGAUGAGUAUCUCUAUCGUGUUUUGAUUAAUCAUCCAACAUGCACCAUACCCGAUGAAGGUUUAUAUAUUAUACGAUAUCAUUCGUUUUAUCCUUGGCAUACAGGCAAUGAUUACAUGUAUUUGUGCAAUGAAAAGGAUGUUCGCAUGUUAGAAUGGGUCCGUCGGUUUCAAAAAUUCGAUUUAUAUACUAAGGAUGAUCAUGAUUUACCGAACAUCGAAGAACUUAAACCGUAUUAUUUGUCCUUAAUUGAAAAAUACACACCCGGCAUAAUUGCUUGGUAA